AAUUACUGUGUUGUAAUAUAAUUAAUUAAUAUAAGGCACAAUAAUGAUUUUGUUAGAGAUACAUAACAGGAUACUAGAAGAGACGUUAACUAACAAAAUAAAAAAUACCUUUUCAGGUCAUAAACCAGAGUCUACAGAUGUUGUUAUAGCAGAUUUCGAUGGUGCUUUAUUUCACAUUUCUAACUUAAGCGGUGACAAGUCAAAAAUUAGAAUAAGUAUUUUACUCAAAUUUUAUAAACAAUUACAAGAACACGGGGCUGAUGAAUUACUUAUACGAGAAUAUGGAUCUUACCUUAUAGCUCCUGAAACUGGCUACAACGUUUCUGUGAUGAUAGACUUGGAAAAUUUGCCUGAAGAUUGGGAAACAUUAGUUAAAGAAAUUGCACUCUUGAAAAGACAUUGUUUUGCCAGUGUCUUUGAAAAGUAUUUUGAUUUUCAAGAAGAGUACAUUAGUUCGCCAGGUACAGAACUACAGAAAAGGGCAGUUAUUCAAUAUAGAGAACAAGAAACAAUGUAUGUUGAAGCCAAAAGUGAUAGAGUAACAGUGGUGUUUAGUACAAUAUUCAAAGAUGAAGAUGAUAUGGUUAUUGGAAAGUUGUUUUUACAAGAAUUAAAGGAAGGCAGACGUGCGAGUCACACAGCUCCGCAAGUUUUAUUUAAUCAUCGUGAACCUCCGUUAGAAUUACAAGAUUCUGAAGCAGCAGUUGGAGACUGCGUUGGAUAUAUUACAUUCGUACUAUUUCCACGACAUACAAAUAGAGAAGCUCGUGAUAACACCAUCGAUUUAAUACACAUGUUUAGAAAUUAUCUGCACUAUCAUAUUAAGUGCAGUAAAGUUUACAUUCACUCUAGAAUGCGUACCAAAACAACAGACUUCUUGAAGGUAUUAAAUCGGGCAAGAUCACAGUCUAAGAAUAUUGAAAAGAAAACAAUUACGGGUCGAACAUUCAUCAGGAAGGAAUGAGUGCAAACAUAAUGUUACAUUCCUCGUAUUGUUUUCAUAAAAGAUAAAUGACAAAGCCAUCAUUUGUCUCAUAGAUUUGCUAGAAAUUCUUUGAUCUUCUGGCAAGAAAUAUUCUUUGUAACGGAGGAUUCUAACUCACAAGAUUAAUGAGUCGAGAGUUUUCAGUCUUCGAGUUUUACCACACAUUGUCUUUUGAACAGUACAAUGUUACUUAAAAGAGUCUACAUUGCUGCAAACAUAUGUCAAGUGUUAUGUGCGCAGCAAGACACGAUGCAUGAUUAAAAAGUCAUUUUAUAUUAAAGUUCUUAAAGUAAUGCCACAAGAAUGCAUAGAAUCUACGAAGAAAUCAGGGAAUUCAUAGUCUGUGAAUGAUGUUAAGUAUCUUCUGUUUCAUUAUUUCUAUAAUGUAAAAAAGUGAUGUUACUAACGUUAACACUGAUCUUUAUGGUCAUAGUAUGUACG